GCAGACGCAGGCGCGGGCUAGUCGAGGAGCCAGAGAGAAAGUUCCGAGGGAGAGGUCGCCCUCGGGAGGCCCCACGCUGAGGCCACUGGUGGGGAGGGUCUCGAGUCCUGUGCGUGAAGCCUGCAAGCACUUGACCGCCCGGGCUCGGCAAUCCAGGCAGCAGGGGAGACUCGCGGGCGGGCAGCCCGGGCAGCAGCCGCUAAACUUGGACGAGGAGGAUGCUGCUGCGAGUGGGCGCGGCGGCGGGGGCGCUCGGAUCGCUCUGAUCGCUCCUGGCGGGAUACGCCGGACCAGCGCGCCGAGGCUCAGCGGGCAGGUAGCGGCUUCAAGCGCCGGGUCCGCGCCCAGCCGAGCAGCCAGGUCCGCCAGCGCCACCGUGCCGGCGUUGCCUCCUAGCCACGGAGUCAUGGUGCGCGCUGCGCGAACGCCCUGCCGGAGACUCUGAGCUCCGGCCACGCAGUGCGCCCCUUCCUCGGGUGUCCCCGUCGGGGCUCCCCCUUCACCGCCCGCCUUGUUCGCGGGCCAUGAAGGUGUCGCCCGGAGACCCUCGCCUCUAAGCUGCCCAUCGCCCGCUGCAACCCCGGCGCUGCUGGGCCACAGACAGCUCUCCGACCCUUGAAGCUCAGCAUCUUCUCCCAGGGACGCCAAGCGCUCGGGGAUGGCGCUCCGCCGCCCCCUCCGGCCGCGCAAAGUUCGCGGGAGGCGAGAGAUGCUGCCGCAGCAAGUUGGCUUUGUGUGCGCGGUGCUGGCCCUGGUGUGCUGUGCGUCCGGCCUCUUCAGCAGCUUGGGGCACAAAACAGCUUCUGCUAGCAAACGCACUCUGCCAGACACGUGGCGAAAUAGAAAGUUGAUGGCUCCAAUGAAUGGGACUCAGCUGACUAAAAACUGCACAGAUCCUGCCAUCCACGAGUUCCCCACAGACCUGUUCUCCAACAAAGAGCGACAGCAUGGGGCUAUCCUGAUGCACAUCCUUGGUGCUCUCUAUAUGUUCUAUGCCCUGGCCAUCGUGUGCGAUGACUUCUUUGUCCCAUCCCUAGAGAAGAUCUGCGAGAAACUUCAUCUGAGUGAAGAUGUGGCAGGCGCCACCUUCAUGGCUGCGGGAAGCUCCACACCAGAGCUGUUUGCCUCUGUCAUUGGUGUGUUCAUCACCCACGGAGAUGUCGGUGUGGGAACCAUUGUGGGCUCUGCUGUGUUCAACAUCCUGUGUAUCAUUGGAGUGUGUGGACUCUUUGCCGGCCAGGUGGUGCGGCUGACGUGGUGGGCUGUGUGCCGUGACUCCGUGUAUUACACACUGUCGGUCAUUGUACUUAUUGCAUUCAUAUAUGAUGAGGAAAUUGUGUGGUGGGAAGGCCUGGUGCUCAUCAUCUUGUACGUGUUUUAUAUUCUGAUCAUGAAGUACAACAUGAAGAUGCAGACUUUUUUCACAACCAAACAAAAGAGCAUUGCAAAUGGUAACCCAGUCAACAGCGAGCUGGAAGAUGGUAAUGACCUCUAUGAUGGUAGCUAUGACGACCCUUCAGUGCCAUUGCUGGGGCAAGUGAAGGAGAAACCUCCCUAUGGCAAGACCCCAGUGGUGAUGGUGGACGAAAUCAUGAGCUCUAGUCCGCCCAAGUUCACCUUUCCAGAGGCUGGCCUGCGCAUCAUGAUCACCAACAAGUUUGGACCUAGGACCCGGCUGCGGAUGGCCAGUAGGAUCAUAAUUAAUGAGAGGCAGAGGCUGAUCAACUCUGCCAAUGGUGUAAGCAGCAAACCACUGCAGAACGGAAGACAUGAAAGCAUUGAGAACGGGAACGUUCCUGUAGAAAACCCUGAAGACCCACAACAGGAUCAGGAGCAGCAGCCACCACCACAGCCUCCACCCCCAGAGCCAGAGUCCGUGGAGACGGUCUUCCUGUCCCCCUUCUCUAUGCCUGAGUCAAAAGGGGACAAGGCCAAGUGGGUGUUCACCUGGCCCCUCAUCUUCCUCCUGUGCAUCACCAUCCCCAACUGCAGUAAGCCCCGCUGGGAGAAGUUCUUCAUGGUCACCUUCAUCACUGCCACACUGUGGAUUGCUGUGUUCUCCUACCUCAUGGUGUGGCUGGUGACUAUUAUUGGAUACACACUUGGGAUCCCUGAUGUCAUCAUGGGCAUUACCUUCCUGGCGGCAGGCACAAGUGUUCCAGACUGCAUGGCCAGCUUAAUUGUGGCAAGACAAGGGCUUGGAGACAUGGCAGUCUCUAAUACCAUUGGAAGCAACGUGUUUGACAUCCUGGUGGGGCUUGGCAUUCCAUGGGGCCUGCAGACCAUGGUUAUUAAUUACGGAUCCACAGUGAAGAUCAACAGCCGGGGUCUGGUCUAUUCUGUGGUGCUGCUGCUGGGCUCCGUCGCUCUCACUGUCCUUGGCAUCCACCUCAACAAAUGGCGGCUGGACCGGAAGCUGGGCAUCUAUGUCCUGGUCCUCUAUGCCAUCUUUCUGUGCUUCUCCAUAAUGAUAGAGUUUAAUGUCUUUACCUUUGUCAACUUGCCCAUGUGCCGAGAAGAUGAUUAAAGAUGAGCCGCUGCCUGGGAAACUGCCAUGGCCACUGUGAUGCUGGCGUCCUCUCUCCUUCCCCAUACAGGUCUCUCCUGCCUUGGCAGCUGCCAGCAAUUCUUUUGUGAGCUGGAAGGAAGGGCCAUCUUGGUCCUUGUCAGGUCACGGGCCAGGCUGCUGAGCAUCUGCCCCAGCAGGCAGGGUCUGGCCAUUAUUUGUGCAGCUCCGCAGACUCCUGGCUGCCAGCCACAGGGAUGUUGAGUGGCUCUUCUCUCUUGCAUACUUUAGUCAAAAGGACUUCUCCAUGCUGUUUGUCUUGCUGUUACAUGAGCAGCCUUGGAAUUACAUGAGCAGCCUCAGAAAUGAGUCAGUGAGUGAACAGGGUCUCCUGAAUGAGUGCAAAAUAGGGCUGUGGUUGGCAAGUAUCACCUCUGGGCCUGGAGGAGGCAGCUCAUGUCACCUCACCGAGAGCCUCUGACUCUGCCUGAACACUCGCAGCGUGAAGGAGGCAAGAUGGCAACCUGUCAGGGCUUGAGACCACACUGGCAGUCAUAGGAAAAAUAGGAAGGAUGGAAACACUAUUUCCUAGCAGAAGAAAGAAGAGCAAAUGAAUACUGUUAUCCUUUUUUAUUGAUAUAUUUGGAGAACAAGCAAUGAAAUAUUAAAAAUAAAAUGUUAUAUAUAGGUCAUCAUACUUGAAAAAUAUCAUUUCACACAAAAGGAUCAUUGAAGGGGACCAAAAGGUUCCCCUUGGAGAAAAAUGAAUCCUAUGUGUGUCAUCUUGUGCUGGCUCUGAGACCAUUUGGUUUGGAAUAUAGAAAAAAAAGGUGGAAUUCCACAUGGAAACAGGUGCUAACUCGGAGACAUGGUGGGGAAUGUAGUUACGGCUACACAUCCAGACCUUAGGAUGCCAUGCACCAUCUGUUCAGGUUUGUGACUUUUCUGUUAACACUCUGGGUUCAAAGCCACCCCAUUGAAAGACCCAGUCAUUUAUAUGCCCAACCAAUUGCACAAGUGGCAGUUAAUGACAAAGAAGAGGGAUCUCUGGAAAAGCAAAGAAUCACUCUCUGGUCAGCUGAAGCCAAGAAUGAAAACCAUAUCUUAGAAUUUUUAGAGCUAAGUUUCUUGAACCUUAGAGUUUGCUAAGCAUGCAAGGCCAGGGAUGGGAGAUGAAUUCAAAAAGGAAAAAUAUGAAACGAUGUUUGACUGCUUUGUAGCUCUGAAACACGUAACAGAUUUAUGAACAUAAACCAUUCCUGGGUUCUAAAGAGAAAGCACAACUUAAUUUUAUAUAGAUUGUGGGUUUUUAUUUUUUUAAUGUUUCUAUUGCAAAAGUCUAUUGGAUAUGAUGCACUUUUAAUACUGAGAUACUUUGCACAGUAGAAGGCAUGGGGAUGAUCCAGGAUGAUGAGAGCAGAAAGGUGGUUAUCGAUUCACUGGAAAUUGAAUUUGCUUUAACUUGGUGGUGAGCAUGAAUCCAAUAGCUGGUCCCUCUGGGCCUGUGGUGGAAUUGGUAGUGAUGCUCUUUAAGGCCUCCUUCGAAGGAGGAAGUGUUCAAGCUUGUGUCCCUUAAGUUCCCUUAAGCAUGAACUAUGAUGGGACUUGGCUCCCAUUACCAACCUUCUAUUCGGGGUUCACAUCAGUAUUAACAGCUGUACUCUGUCAAGGCUUCACUUUCUGUUUAUCUAGGUAUCAAGUUCAGCAGUCUUCAGUGAGACAGCAGUGAUUUCCCUUUAAGAAAAAAAAAAAAAAAAAAGCAAAGUGGGAGGGGGGGAGCCUGAAG